GGAUCGACUUACGCGAAUCGGAAUCGGUGCGCGGGCGUUGGCGGGAGAUUUUAUUUUGUCGUCGUCGCCGCCGCCGCCGCAGCUGCAAUCUCCGUCGCUAGCCGAGGGCUCGCGGUUCUGUUGGGCUUCGACCACGGGGGAAUCGUCGGGCUUCCCGGGGGGGCGUGGGGGGGUCUCUUGGAGCAAGGCAUCUGGAUGGAGGAGUCGCGUCUGGAGCUGCUGCGGUUCGCUGUGCCCGCGGAGCGCAGCAAAUCUGUGCGGGUGCGCGGGGUCCCGAGGGCCGCCGGCGAGCCGCCCGUCACGACGGAGCUCCAUGACCUGUUUUCGAUGGUGGGGCCCAUCUUCUCGUUGCGCCUGACGGAUUCGGGUGAGCGGGACGGGUGCCAGCAGGCGUUUGUGCGGUUCUACUCGUUCCGUGAUGCUGCCCGCGCAGCCCGCGUGCUCCACCGCAGACCCUUCGCUGGCAGCAUCCUGCGGGUGCAGCAGUGUGUCGACCACGCCAGGGAUGUGCUGCGGGAGCUGCCACUCAGUCGCCAGUACUGCUGUAACCUCGCCAACUACUACUUUGGCUUCAACGGCUGGUCCAACAGAAUCCUUGGGAACUCGGUGAGCAGAGGAACAGCUGGGAACACGGUAGUGAAAGGUGAUGCCACGGAGCCUGUCCUCACCGUGAGGGCCGUGUGUGCCGUGGAGGUGCUUGUGCCCGCGUUCGAGAUUGCUGCGCGCGGGUUUGGGGAGGACGAGGAGAAGGUGCAGAACCAAGCGAUGGAGCGGACAAAGUUAGCAAAAAUAAUGAAGAUGGCAAUGGACAAAGCCCUCUCUAACGCCUUCAGCAAGAUCAUCAUUCUGCUGCCAGAAACUGGUCCGAUCGCAGCGCUCUUGGAUCCACGGAUUGAUGAUUGUGAUGACCUCGCUGCCGACCAAGAGCUGGAGCUCCUGUGAUGAAGUUGACAAGCCCCAUGUGUUCUGGAGGGAAGAAGGUGCGGCGUGCAAGCCUGCCUGCUUGACACCACCGAGAUCGACUCCCCCCCCCCACCCCCCACUGCCCGAGCACCAUGGCCGUCCCAAGUCGCUCACGCGAGUGAGGAUGGCUCUCGGCUUGACACCACGUCCAGGAUAUGGGCGGAAUUUUCACGAGCGCGGGCGAGCAGCCGCUCCAUCUUCUCUCUCACCUGUAGGGAGGGAAGAGACGCACACGUGCGUGCACGGGAUCACGCUUGCUCAGCGGACACGAACGUUUGCGGCGUGCGUUGGUGUUACAUUUCUGACGUCGUGAACCUCUGUUACUGUUGCCUCAGCGGAAAAUUACAAGAAAAUAUUCCUCCCACAGUUAUAUUUUUUUAUUUUUUCCGGCUAAGCUUGAAGCGUUGUUUGCACGAGCUGUCUGUCCAUCCAUCCAUAAUGGGGGGGGGGCACUAUGAUGUGUCAAAACAUGAACCUGUAGAUUGAAGUUAUGUUGCUGUUAGCGAUUUAAUGUUUCAUCACGUUCCCUGUUUUAAUCAGUAAAAGGAGUAUACAAGUUAGAAAUGCUUUUGCUUUGCUCGUCCAGAUUGUGUCCAAAUAAAACGGCAGCACUUUAGUGUAAAUUUUUUAUCCGAGUAAAUAUUUUACAUAUAUAUUAAAUAAUUGCAUUAAGUUAACCCUCAGCAGUAAAGAUCGCAUUUACGCAACUUCAGUUGAAAGGCAACUCAACAGUUUUGGAUGAUAGUUCAAGGAGUGGACGAUCUAACUUACAUUUUCGAAAUAUUUGUAUCUUGCAGACUUCAGACUGCUCGUGUGGUAGGACUAAUGUAUACAGAUUUUGUUAUAUCUUGCGUCUUGUACAAAACGUUUCAUUUUUUUAAUGAACCUGUUUCCAAUUAACUACAAA